AUGGCGACGGCGGCGAGAUCAUCAUCCAUCCUCCGUCGUUCGCUCCUAUACGUUCCCGCCUCCUCCCAAAAUAUGCUCUCCAAAUCCUUGGGCCUGGCAUCUGACAACAUCACGUAUGAUUUGGAAGACUCCGUCACUCCGGCGCUCAAGCCCACGGCCCGCGACAGUCUCAGGGCGCACUUCACCAACUUGAAGACCCGUCCCUCGUCCGUAUCCGAACUUGCCGUUCGCAUUAAUGCCGUACCCACGCCCUUCGCCCUCCAGGACCUGACUGCUCUCGCGUCCGCCCCGCUCGUGGACGCCGUUGUUGUGCCCAAGGUUGAGUGCGCGGCUGACCUGACCUUUGUAUCUGAUGUUCUCCGUCACGUCGCACCGGAGCGCCACGCAAGUGGCUCUGGUAACCCAAUCAAGAUCAUCGCCCUCAUCGAAUCCGCACGGGCUGUCAUGGAUCUCGGUGGCAUAUGCAAGGCCACGCCGUACCUCAGCGGUCUCAUCUUUGCGGCCGAGGACUUUGCUCUCGAUCUUUCCAUCACCCGUACGCCCUCCUUAACCGAGUUUCUAUUCGCUCGGUCCGCCAUCGUCACGGCAGCGCGAGCAGCCGGCUUGCCCAGCGCCAUUGACCUGGUAUGCACGUCCUACAAAGGUGAUGAGGGGCUCCAGACGUUGCGGGACGAGAGCGCCCAAGGCAAAUCAAUGGGCUUCAACGGGAAACAAUGUAUCCAUCCCAGUCAGGUCGAGGUCGUUCAGGCCAUCUUUGCCCCGGCACCCGACGAGGUUGAAUGGGCAGUCAGGAUCACCACAGCCGAUGAAAAGGCGGCUGCUUCUGGUCGGGGGGCUUGGACGCUCGAUGGCAAGAUGAUUGACGCCCCCGUCGUGGGUAAAGCACACGCCAUCACUGCCAAGGCCGAGCAGUGCGGCUUCGACGUGCAUGACCUGCGAAACAAGUGGAAAGAUCAGGAGCCUGAGUGA